AGCUCUCUUUUUAAUAUUUCCUCUCAAAAUCUCAAAAGAAACAUAGAAGAUUUUGAGACCCCAAGAAGAGAGGCCUUAAAAUAAAAGCCAAAGGCAAAGGGGAUUGGCUGUGGGGGUCAAGGGAGGUCACCAGACGGUCAUCGAAACCCCACUCUAAAUACCCACGAGGGUUACUGGGUUUUGAACUGGAAAAUUAGUGGCAGGGUGGUCGAUGGUUGCUGGUGAUAAGUGCGCUUUAGAUUGCUCAAAAACCCCACAAAAGAAGCUCCAGUCAAAAGGGUUUCUGGUCGGUCUUGACCUGUUUUUAGAAGUAGCCGGACUAGAAACUGAACCAGAUGCCGAGCUUCGAUGCCAGUUUGAUAACUGUAUAAACUUUUUCUGGAAAGAAAUCUGUGCCCUGGAUGCUGCAUUCCCUCCAAUGCUUGGAGAUGGACAAUCUGUGGAUUUGUUUAAACUGUUUUUAGCUGUGAGACAGAAGGGUGGAUAUGAUGCAGUUUCUCAUAAUUGUUUGUGGGAUGUGGUGGCAGAAGAGUCUGGAUUGAGCCUAAACCUUGCAUCUUCUGUGAAAUUGGUUUAUGCCAAAUAUCUGGAUGCAUUGGAGAGAUGGUUAGAGAGACCUGUUGAUAGAAAGAGUUCAAAAUCCAAAUCGAGUAAUAUCACCAACUCAGAAACCAAAUUGAGUGAUAGUGGCCUGAAUGUGGGUGAGGUUUCCAUGGAGUUAGGGUCUGAGUUUAAGGCAUUGUUCUCAGAGAUAAUGGAUUGGAAAUCUGAACUUAAUGUGAGUGCUGAGGUGGAUUCAAAUGGGGACGAUAAGUGCAUUGUUGAUGAUGAAGAAUCUGUGCACAUAGACACUGGAAACAGUGUUAUUGAUUUUGUGGAAGUUGGUAAAUUAGGCUAUAGUGUGUCCAAGAGCCAAAAAAGUGAUUCUUUUUUUGAUGGGGACCAUAAAUGCAAAGAUGUUCAGAAACAUCUGGAAUCCAAUUUAACUAGUUUGAAGGGGUGUGACGAGGAUGAGGUGAAGAGUACUGUGGUGGAAAUUGAUGGAAGAAAGAAAGAAGAUAAUGGUAAUGAAAAUGAUGUCAUGGUAUCAGAUUCAGAUGCUGUUGAGGAAUCCAUUUCCAGCUAUAAAAGGAAAAGGGAGUCCAUGUAUGGUGUACUGAACUGGAUUACUGGGAUUGCAAGGAAUCCAUGUGAUCCAGUGGUCGUUCCGUUACCAGAGAUGUCAAAGUGGGAGUCUUAUGCGAAUGAGGAAUCAUGGAAGCAGAUUUUGUUGGUUCGGGAAGCAUUAUUUCUGAAAAGGGAUGUUAAUUCAGGUGCUGGAUCUGUUUGCCAGAAAAAUCGGAAGAUGCACCCAUGCAUGUAUGAUGAUCAAGUUGGAUUUGCAUACAAUUUCAGAGAGAGAAUCAAUUGUAGUAGAAAGCUGCUACACAGAAAAACAGUGUUUCAGUCACAGGCUUGUUCACAGUUAUCUUCCUCAACCACUGUUACUGGCUCAGACUCUUGCACAAAGGGGGUUUUUGAUGGUGAUUCCUCAAGUAAAUAUUCUGUGUUUGACCUUCCAGUCGAAAAGACAAUUCCCUUGGGACCGGAUUUUCAGGCAGAAGUACCAGAAUGGACUGGUGUUGUUUCUGAAAGCAACUCAAAGUGGGCUGGGACACGGGUUUGGCCACCGAAAAAAGUAGAUAACAGAUUAGUUAUUGAACAAGAGCCUAUUGGUAAGGGAAGGAAAGAUGCAUGCGGGUGUGAAGUGCCAAAAUCUGUAGAAUGCGUCAGAUUUCACAAUGCUGAGAGAAGGUUGAGGGUGAAGCGUGAAUUGGGUUUAGCUUUCAAACAUUGGAGGUUUGAUAAGAUGGGCGAAGAUGUUAGACUUUCAUGGACAGAAGAAGAAGAGAGAAAAUUUGAAGCUAUAGUGCGGUUAAAUCCUCCAUCUCUUGACAAGUGUUUUUGGAAUGAUAUAUUCAAAUUCUUUCCUACCAAGGGAAGGGGAGAUCUGGUGAGCUACUACUUCAAUGUAUUUCUUUUGCAGCGCAGAGCACAGCAGAAUAGGUCGACUCCAAAUAACAUUGAUAGUGAUGAUGAUGAAUCGGAAUGUGGACUAGUGACCAAUGGUUCUGGGCGGGAAGCAGCACCCAAGUCACCAGGAUCUCUGUUAUAUUCUGCAAAGAAGGCCCCCCGUAAAGGUGGUAGAUAAUGAUAUGUCCGAUUUGUUGGUGGAAGUAAACUGCCUAGCUGAGAUAUAUAAAAUGUUGGUAAUUUUCCAUGGCUAUGUUGGCGUAAUGCAAAGCAGAAGUUUUGUGAUUAAAUUCUGCUUUGCGCUCCUAAUGAUAAUUCAGUGGAGAUGCAUCAAUGACAUCCAUUUUGGUGGGAGCGGUAAGCUGUAGCGUGGAGGGACUCAAGCUGUUAUUUGCUUCCAGUUUCUGAGACAGUUGCAGUUGAUUCAUAUAUGCCUAUGUCACGUGCGGGUAUCUUACAUCUUCUUUAUUAGAUUGAUAUGACAUUGUUGACCUGAAUUGAGAAUAUGGUAAAUAUAGUGAAGAAUGAAUGAUUAUUUAAAAUGUGGUAUGAAAUUGAUCUUGUUUUGAGAAUUUACAAUAUAAUGUCUUUGAUAACUCGCUCGUUUA